CUUAUUUUCUAUUCUCUCACCAUCAUCAAAGCGUCAACCUGAUUUUCUGUUGUUUAUAUUUUUUACCUUAAUUGUUUUUCUCUGAUUAAAUUGUUCUUUCGUCUUGUUCAAUUAAAACAUUCUAUUGUUCUAAUUGUUAAUCAUGUCUGGAGAUUCGGAUGCAAGGGGUAACCAGUUUAUCCAGGAAGCUGAGAAGAAGCUAAAUGCUUCAAAAAGUUUCCUCGGAGGAUUAUUUGGAGGAUCUUCACGAGUUGAAGAGGCCAUUGAAUUGUACAUUAAAGGUGCUAAUAUGUUUAAAAUGGCUAAAAAAUGGAUGUCUGCUGGUAACGCUUUCACCGAAGCUGCUUCACUUCACCUAAAAUCGGGUAGUAAACAUGACGCUGCUUCUUGUUAUGUUGAUGCUGGAAACUGUUACAAAAAGGUUGACCCUCAGGAAGCAGUUAAUUCUAUUCUUAAGGCUAUAGAAAUUUACACCGACAUGGGAAGAUUUUCAAUUGCAGCUAAACACCAUAUGACCGUGGCAGAAAUUUACGAGAAUGAGGCCGUGGACAUAGAAAAUGCUAUCGCUCAUUUUGAACAAGCAGCUGAUUAUUAUAAGGGUGAAGAAUCAUCAGCGUCGGCGAAUCGAUGUCUUCUCAAUGUUGCCCGUUAUGCAGCACAAUUGGAACAAUAUUCAAAAGCUAUUGGAAUCUAUGAGUCAGUUGCUUCAUCUUCAAUCGACAAUUCAUUGUUAAAGUAUAGCGCUAAAGAGUACUUUUUCCGUGCCGCUCUUUGUCACAUGUGUGUUGAUCUAUUGAAUGCCCAGUUGGCUAUCAAAAGAUACGAAGAAAUGUAUCCUGCUUUCACCGAUUCUCGUGAAUGUAAAUUCGUUAAAGGAUUAUUGGACAAACUGGAAGAAUCCGAUAUCGAAGGAUUUACACAGCAAGUCCAAGAAUAUGAUUCAAUCAGUCGAUUAGAUCAAUGGUUCACCACAAUUCUCCUCAAAAUCAAGAAACAAAUCCAACAAGAACCUGAUCUCAAAUAAGAACGUGUUUAUUUUUCUUCUCCCCACCAAAUUCUUUCAACAAUUUCUUCAUGCAAAUAUCGGAACCACUACUCUUUAUCUCCCUCCCUUUCUAAAUUGUCUUUCUUUUCCUCAGACUUACAGAUUCAGAACACUUAGAAACAAUAACUGUCAGUUCUUACCUCUCCCACUCUCAUCAUCAUCAUUAACCACCUAUAACAACCCAAUACCCAUUCACACAAAUUCCCAUUUGAGUGAAAUUAAUUUAAACCUGAAAAUGAGCACAACCAAAAACAUCUGAUUAUUGGAGUAUAAAGAAUAUAAAGAAGAUGGAAGAUAAAUGAAAGAGAAACAGUUUCGGAUGAAGAAGAGGAUAAACAAUCAGCUUUGAAGCAAUUUUUUUUUCUAUCUACAACUUACAGAUGAGAAAUUGAUGAUGAGAUGUUUAUCAAGUGACAAUUAAAAAAAGGAAACUUUUCAUCUUGUCAUCUAGAGACUAUCAUUAUCAUCAUCAACUAUCAACAACCAUCAAAAAACAUUCAAUAAAUCAUCUAUAUCAUCAUUAA